GUUGGUGCUGCUUGCGCGUGCGCGUUGGCCGGCCUCGGGUCGGCUCUGUCUGGCGGAGCGGCGGGGCGGCUGGAGCGGACGCCGGGAUGUGGUACACCAUUCUGCCCGGCGUGGCCGUCAUGGGCCUCUUCCUGGCCAUGCCCGGCGUGUCCCUCAUCCACAUCCACAGAUACGUCUACGGGGGCAAGGAAAAGAGAAUCGCUCGCCAACCCUACCAGUGGCACCUGAUGGAAAGAGACAAGCGACUGUCGGGGGUUAAUGAAUAUUAUCAGUCCAAGGGAUUGGAGAACAUUGACUAAGAAGCAACUUGUUGAGUGAAGAGUCCUAGUUCUUGUAUAAAGCAGUUUAGCUCCAGUAAACAUGGAUGUAUAUUUGAUGCAAUGUGUUAUAUGUUGCACAUAAACCUGGAAAAAAGUGGGUUUCUACA